AUGGUUGCUUCCGCCGUUCGGAUGCGCACCCCGAGUGCCAUGUUUCUCUCCCGGGGUGCUGCCUCUAUGCGCCGCCCCCAGGUCUCCUACAAGUUCCAGGAGGUCUUGAAAUCCCAGAUGCCCGCGAUCUCCGCUAUCUCCCGCUUUUAUGCCUCCAAGUCUUUCCCCCCUCAUACUAUCAUUAGCAUGCCAGCCCUUUCCCCGACAAUGACCGCGGGAAACGUCGGCGUAUGGCAGAAGAAGGCCGGUGAUACCCUUGCUCCCGGUGACGUCCUCGUCGAGAUCGAGACCGACAAGGCGCAGAUGGACUUCGAAUUCCAGGAGGAGGGUAUCCUCGCCAAGGUCCUGAAGGAGACCGGUGAGAAGGACAUCGCUGUUGGCUCGCCCAUUGCCGUCCUUGUUGAGGAGGGUGCCGAUGUCUCGCCCUUUGAGUCUUUCACCCUGGCUGAUGCCGGUGGUGACAAGGCUCCCCCUGCCGAGAAGGAGGCGCCCAAGAGCGACGAGCCUUCCGCCCCUACUCCGGCCCCGGAGCCCGCCGCUGAGGAGGCUGAGACCUCUGGUGAGAAGCUGCAGCCCAGCUUGGACCGUGAGCCCAACGUCAGCUACGCUGCCAAGGCUCUGGCUCUCGAGAAGGGUGUUCCCCUCAAGGCCAUCAAGGGUACUGGCAAGGGUGGCCAGAUCACCAAGGAGGAUGUGCAGAAGUACCAGCCCGCCGCUACCUCGGCCGCCACCUUCGAGGAUCUCCCCGUCAGCUCGAUGCGCAAGACGAUCGCCAACCGCCUGAAGCAGUCGAUGGCCGAGAACCCCCACUACUUCGUCUCCGCCACCCUCUCGGUCACCAAGCUCCUCAAGCUGCGCCAGGCCCUGAACGCCUCCGCUGACGGCAAGUACAAGCUGUCCGUCAACGACUUCCUGGUCAAGGCCUGUGCCGCUGCCCUCCUGAAGGUGCCCCAGGUUAACUCCAGCUGGAUCGAGGAGAACGGCCAGGCUGUCAUCCGCCAGCACAACACUGUUGACAUCAGCGUUGCCGUUUCCACCCCCACCGGCCUGAUCACCCCCGUUGUUAAGGGUGUCCAGGGUCUUGGUCUGUCCAGCAUCUCCAACCAGGUCCGCGACCUGGGCAAGCGUGCUCGUGACAACAAGCUCAAGCCCGAGGAGUACCAAGGUGGUACCUUCACCAUCAGCAACAUGGGCAUGAACCCCGCGGUUGAGCGCUUCACUGCCGUCAUCAACCCUCCUCAGGCCGGUAUCCUGGCCGUCGGCACCGUCCGCAAGGUCGCCGUCCCCGUCGAGACCGCCGAGGGCACCGUUACCGAGUGGGAUGAGCAGAUCGUCGUCACCGGUAGCUUCGACCACAAGGUCGUUGAUGGUGCCGUUGGUGGUGAGUGGAUCAAGGAGCUGAAGAAGGUGGUCGAGAACCCUCUGGAGCUUCUGCUGUAA